AUGGACGAGAAAGUCGAGCGACCUGCCGCCGAGCUCAAAGAGCAGCAACUCGACCAUUUCAGUGUCUCCGAGUCUUUCGAACAGGUGCAGAGCGAAGAAACGGGCCCUGAACCUACAGAAGAAGACUGGAAAAACCUGCGUGAAGUUGCCGACAAUGUCCCUGCAUCUGCGUAUCUUGUCAUCUUGAUCGAAUUUUGCGAACGUUUUACGUACUAUGGUUUGAGUGGCCCUUUCCAGAACUAUAUCCAGCAUCCCGAUCCCGGCGAAUAUCCUGCUGAUCAGCCCGGUGCCAUGGGCAAGGGUCAACAAACUGCUACUGCCUUGACGACCUUCUUCCAGUUCUGGUGUUACAUUACUCCAAUUAUCGCUGCCAUCAUUGCCGACCAGUAUCUUGGCAAAUACAAAACCAUUCUUUACUUCAGUUGCAUCUACUUCGUUGGUCUCAUUAUCCUCACCUGUACUUCCAUCCCAACAUCCAUCGAUUCAGGAGGUGCUUUCCCUGGCUACAUCGUUGCAAUCAUCAUCAUUGGUCUUGGUACCGGUGGUAUCAAGGCCAAUGUCUCGCCCCUUGUUGCCGAACAAUACCGUAGCCGCUCUCCCUACGUCAAAACUUUGAAGAAUGGCAAUCGUGUCAUCGUCACUCCUCAAGCAACAUACCAAAAGAUUUUCAACAUGUUCUACUGGGGUAUCAACAUUGGCUCACUGUCCGCCAUUGCCACCACGGAAUUGGAAAAAAACGUCGGCUUCUGGCCUGCUUUCUUGUUGCCAACUCUCAUGUUCAUUCCUGGUAUUGCCGUCGUGCUUUUGGGUCGCAAGCGCUAUGUCCAAAAUCCACCCCGUGGUUCUGUCUUCGUGGAAGCUGGUAAACUCUUUUACCUUGCUUCAUUCAAGGUCAAGGGCGGUCUUGAAGCAUGCAAACCUUCCAACUUGGCUGUAACCCAUCCCGAUAUUGCUGAAAAGGUGACCCAUGAUGAUGUCUUCGUUGACGAGCUGAGACGUACUCUUAAAGCCUGCAUCGUCUUCUGCUGGUACCCAAUCUACUGGCUCUGUUACUCUCAAAUGACCAACAACCUUGUUUCCCAGGCCAGUACCAUGUUGACUGGCAGCGUGCCCAAUGAUAUUAUGCAAAACAUCAACCCCAUUGCUCUUAUCAUUUUGAUUCCAUUGAUGGAUAGAAUUAUCUAUCCUCUUCUCCGUCACUUUAACAUGCCCAUGCGCCCUAUUAUGCGUAUUACCAUCGGUUUCUUCUUUGCCGCAGUUGCCAUGGGUUACACUGCCGGUAUCCAAUCCAAGAUUUACGGGACGGCGCCCAACUAUGAUCACCCUGAUGGUCCCAACUGGAUCUCUGCUGCUUACCAAAUUCCCUCUUACUUCUUUAUCGCCACUUCCGAAAUUUUUGCCUCGAUUACUGGUAUGGAGUAUGCUUACAAAAAGGCUCCUCAAUCCAUGAAGUCGAUUGUCAUGGCUCUUUUCUUGUUCGCCAACUGCAUUGCCUCCAUCUUGGCCUUUGCCUUGGUCUCUGUUGCCGUCGAUCCUAAGCUUACCUGGAUGUAUACCGGUAUUUCUUGCGCUGCUUUCGUUUGCUGCAUUCUUAUCUAUAUCUGCCAUCACAAGCAAGACCAGAAAGAUGUGGAGGAAGACGCCAUCGGCCGAAAUGAGAAGCAGUUAAACGAAUACAUGCAAAAGGAAGAUGGAAACAAGAAGGAACAAGAAUACGAACCCUAA